UCCGUCCCUCAGCGGCCGCCUCAGCCGCCGCUUUCCCGCCCUCCGGCAGCGGCCCCGGCCCGAACCCCCCUCAGAGCCCCGGGACCCCCUCAGAGCCCCGGGACUCUCCCGGGCCGCCCCGGCCGUACCAUGGGCUUCCUGAAGCUCAUCGAGAUCGAGAACUUCAAGUCGUACAAAGGCCGUCAGAUCAUCGGGCCCUUCCGCCGCUUCACCGCCAUCAUCGGCCCCAAUGGCUCCGGUAAAUCCAACCUGAUGGACGCCAUCAGUUUCGUGCUGGGCGAGAAGACGAGCAACCUGCGGGUGAAGACGCUGCGGGACCUGAUCCACGGCGCCCCCGUGGGGAAACCCGCGGCCAGCCGCGCCUUCGUCAGCAUGGUGUACUCGGAGGAGGGCGCCGAGGACCGCACCUUCGCCCGCGUCAUCGUCGGCAGCUCCUCCGAGUACAAGAUCAACAACCGGGUGGUGCAGCUGAGCGAGUACAGCGAGGAGCUGGAGAAGCUGGGCAUCCUCAUCAAGGCCAGGAACUUCCUCGUCUUCCAGGGAGCAGUGGAGUCCAUUGCCAUGAAGAACCCCAAGGAGCGCACGGCCCUGUUUGAGGAGAUCAGCCGCUCGGGGGAACUCGCCCCCGAGUACGACAAGCGCAAGAAGGAGAUGGUCAAGGCCGAGGAGGACACGCAGUUCAAUUAUCACCGCAAGAAAAACAUCGCGGCCGAGCGCAAGGAGGCCAAGCAGGAGAAGGAGGAGGCUGACCGGUACCAGCGGCUCAAGGACGAGGUGGUUCGGGCGCAGGUGCAGCUGCAGCUCUUCAAACUCUUCCACAACGAGGCCGAGAUCGAGAAGCUCAACAAGGAGCUGGGGCUGAAGAACCGCGAGAUCGACAAGGACAAGAAGAGGAUGGACAGGGUGGAGGACGAGCUCAAGGACCGCAAGAAGGAGCUGGGCAAGAUGAUGAGGGAGCAGCAGCAGAUCGAGAAGGAGAUCAAGGAGAAGGACUCGGAGCUGAACCAGAAGCGGCCGCAGUACAUCAAGGCCAAGGAGAACACGUCGCACAAGAUCAAGAAGCUGGAGGCAGCCAGGAAGUCGCUGCAGAACGCCCAGAAGCAGUACAAGAAACGCAAGGCCGACAUGGACGAGCUGGAGAAGGAGAUGCUGAGCGUGGAGAAAUCCAGGCAGGAGUUCGAGGAACGCAUGGAGGAGGAGAGCCAGAGCCAGGGCAGAGACCUGACCCUGGAGGAGAACCAGGUGAAGAAGUACCACCGGCUGAAGGAGGAGGCCAGCAAGCGCGCGGCCACGCUGGCCCAGGAGCUCGAGAAGUUCAACCGCGACCAGAAAGCCGACCAGGACCGGCUGGACCUGGAGGAGAGGAAGAAGGUGGAGACCGAGGCCAAGAUCAAGCAGAAGCUGAGGGAGAUCGAGGAGAACCAGAAGCGCAUCGAGAAGCUCGAGGAGUACAUCGCCACCAGCAAGCAAUCCCUGGAGGAGCAGAAGCGCCUGGAGGGGGAGCUGACCGAGGAGGUGGAGCUGGCCAAGCGCCGCAUCGACGAGAUCAACAAGGAGCUGAACCAGGUGAUGGAGCAGCUCGGGGACGCGCGCAUCGACCGCCAGGAGAGCAGCCGGCAGCAGCGCAAGGCCGAGAUCAUGGACAGCAUCAAACGCCUCUACCCCGGCUCCGUGUACGGGCGCCUCAUUGACCUGUGCCAGCCCACGCAGAAGAAGUACCAGAUCGCCGUGACCAAGGUGCUGGGCAAGAACAUGGACGCCAUCAUCGUGGACUCGGAGAAGACGGGCAGGGAUUGCAUCCAGUACAUCAAGGAGCAGCGCGGGGAGCCCGAGACCUUCCUGCCCCUCGACUACCUCGAGGUGAAACCCACGGACGAGAAGCUGCGGGACGUGGGGGCCAAGCUGGUGAUGGGGGUGGUUUUGCGGCAGCCCCAAAUCAAGCAAGGCGCGCGCUUUUUAACCCAAAUUUUGGGAUUUAUGUAUAACGCCGAGGACGCGAUCAGGAUCGCUGAGGGAGGCCACCAGAGGCACAAGACGGUGGCCCUGGACGGGACGCUGUUCCAGAAGUCCGGGGUGUCCCAUCGUAAGUCCGACCUCAAGGCCAAAGCGCGGCGCUGGGACGAGAAGGCCGUGGACAAACUCAAGGAGAAGAAGGAGCGGCUGACCGAGGAGCUCAAGGAGCAGAUGAAGGCCAAGCGCAAGGAGGCCGAGCUGCGCCAGGUGCAGUCCCAGGCCCACGGGCUCCAAAUGCGCCUCAAAUAUUCCCAAAGUGACCUGGAGCAGACCAAGACCCGGCACCUGGCCCUGAACCUGCAGGAGAAGUCCAAGCUGGAGAGCGAAUUGGCCAAUUUUGGGCCGCGCAUCAACGACAUCAAACGAAUCAUCCAGGGCCGGGAGCGGGAGAUGAAGGACCUCAAGGAGAAAAUGAACCAGGUGGAGGACGAGGUGUUUGAGGAGUUCUGCCGCGAGAUCGGGGUCAGGAACAUUCGGGAGUUCGAGGAGGAGAAGGUCAAGAGGCAGAACGAGAUCGCCAAGAAAAGGCUGGAGUUCGAGAACCAGAAGACGCGCCUGGGCAUCCAGCUGGACUUCGAGCGCAACCAGCUGCGGGAGGACCAGGAGAAGGUGCUGAUGUGGGAGCAGGGCGUGCGCAAGGACGAGGCCGAGAUCGAGAAGCUCAAGAAGGAGGAGCAGCGGCACAUGAAGAUCAUCGACGAGACGAUGGCGCAGCUGCAGGACCUCAAGAACCAACACCUGGCCAAGAAGUCGGAGGUGAACGACAAAAACCACGAGAUGGACGAGAUCCGCAAGAAGCUGGGCGGGGCCAACAAGGAGAUGACCCACCUGCAGAAGGAGGUGACGGCCAUCGAGACCAAGCUGGAGCAGAAGCGCAGCGACCGCCACAACCUCCUGCAGGCCUGCAAGAUGCAGGACAUCCGGCUGCCGCUGGCCAGAGGCUCCAUGGACGACAUCAGCCAGGAGGAGGGUGGUGGCACCGGUGAGGACCCCGGUGGCAGCUCCCAGCGCAGCUCCAGCCUCUACGCCCGCGAGGCUCUGAUUGAGAUCGACUACAGCGACCUGCCCGAGGAGCUCAAGGACGCCCAGGCGGAGGAGGAGAUCCGGCAGGAGAUGGCAGCGCUGCAGCAGCGGCUGACGGAGCAGCAGAGCGUCCUGCAGCGCAUCGCCGCCCCCAACAUGAAGGCCAUGGAGAAACUGGAGAGCGUCCGAGACAAGUUCCAGGAGACCUCCGAUGAGUUCGAGGCCGCCCGUAAACGUGCCAAGAAGGCCAAGCAGGCGUUUGAGCAGAUGAAGAAGGAGCGCUUCGACCGCUUCAACUCCUGCUACGAGGCCGUGGCCACCAACAUCGACGAGAUCUACAAAGCGCUGUCCCGGAACAGCAGCGCCCAGGCGUUCCUGGGCCCCGAGAACCCCGAGGAGCCGUACCUGGACGGGAUCAAUUACAACUGUGUGGCCCCCGGGAAGCGUUUCCGGCCCAUGGACAACCUGUCAGGGGGGGAGAAAACCGUGGCUGCGCUGGCCCUGCUCUUCGCCAUCCACAGUUACAAACCGGCCCCGUUCUUCGUGCUGGACGAGAUCGACGCCGCGCUGGACAACACCAACAUCGGCAAGGUGGCCAAUUACAUCAAGGAGCAGUCGGCUGCCAACUUCCAGGCCAUCGUCAUCUCCCUCAAGGAGGAAUUUUACACCAAGGCCCAGAGCCUGAUCGGCGUCUACCCUGAGCAAGGCGAUUGCGUCAUCAGCAAAGUGCUGACCUUUGACCUCACCAAGUACCCGGACACCAACCCCAACCCCAACGAGCAGUGACCCCCACCCCGAAAUAAUGGGGGGACCCCACCCCCAAAAAUCAUCGUGACCCCCCCAAAAAUAAUGGGGAGACCCCCCCAAAAUCAUCGUUAACCCCCCAAAUCCUGGGGACCCCAAAAUCCUCGGGACCCCCCCCCAAAAAAUACUGGGGACCCCCCCCAAAAAUCAUCGUGACCCCCACCCCAAAAUAAUGGGGGUACCCCCCCCAAAUUCAUCGUGAGUCCCCCAAGUCCUGGGGACCCCAAAAUCCUCGGGACCCCCCCCAAAAUCCUUGGGACCCCCCCCAAUUCAUCAUGAACCCCCCCCAAAAAUACUGGGGGGA